AUGAAGAUGGAUAUUUUUUCCGGAGCAAAUACAAAUUUUCUUGCGUUGUUUCUCUUGAUAGUGUAUAGUCCAAAUCCUCUUUUUACUUCAUCUCUCUCUCUCUCUCUCUUUCUCUCUUCGGACUCUCUCUCUCUUUCUUUUGUUUCUUUUCAAAAGAUAGCUGAUUUCUGUCUCUUUUCUUUCUUUCUUUUUUCUUUCUUUUUUCUUUCUUUCUUUCUUUCGUUGAUUUCUCUGAUUUCUGUCUCUUAUCUUUCUUUCUUUCUUUCUUUCUUUCUUUCUUUCUUUUCUUUCUUUCUUUCUUUAACUGUUUUCUUUCUCGUAGAGAUUUCUUUUUUUCUUUCUUUUUUGUUUUUUCUAUCUUUCUUUCUUUCUCCUCCCAAUACCCAUUCUUUCUUUCUUUCUUUCUUUCUUUCUUUCUUUCUUUCUUUCUUUCUUUCUUUAUUCUUCAUUUUUCCUUUCUUAAUCUUUUGUUUUCUUCCUCUUUCCUUUCUUUUUCCUUUGCUCUCUUUCAUUUGUUUCUUUCCUCUGUUCUCCUUUGAAGAUACGCUCUCUACUUCACUUCUCACAUCCGGUAGAAAUAGGUCAACUUGUUUUCUCUCAUCCACUACGGUUUCCUUUUCCCUAUAUCUCUCUUUUUCUCCCCCUUUCUUUCGUUUUCCCUUCUCCCAUUUUGAAUAUAUAUUUUAA